AUGUCCACAGCAAGGGAUUCAGGCACCUGGGCCUCUCUGGCUACCGAGCUCAAGAUUCAAAUCAUUGAAGAGGCUCUAGAGAUCACGCCCCGCUGCUCCAGCGACAGCUACGUGACCCGUGCAAACUUUAGCUCGCACAUGGCUCGCCUGCUUCCUCUACUGCUUACGAGUAAGCAAACAUCCGACAUUGCUUCAUCGGUCUUCUAUGACAAUGCUGUUUUCCAAUUGGUGGCCGAAGACCCUGAAAAGCAUCGGGAAGAGGGUGGCUGCAACGCAAAGCCCCAGAACUCCACCUGGAACCUGUCCAAGAGCGUAUCGACACCAGGGCCAUGCAUACUUCCACCGCAGUUUGUUGUAUUCAAGGACGGCAGAUCGCACGUGGAGAUCAGCACGACAACGGACUGGAUGAGGGAGUUCUUCCGGGCGACUACGCUUGGAAUGGAUGCUCGAGAUGCUUGGAAUGGGUGGAAUUACGUAGAAGGGCCGAGGCAAAAGUUCGGGCCUUCUGACACUGAGUAG